CACAUUCCCGCUUCUUAUUUCAAUAAGCAAACAAUUUGCUUGUGGCCACUGUUGAAAAUCACAUUCGACAACAAAAUGAGCGUCCUCACCUACACCUUUGACGCGACAACGAUCCACGAGAUCGACAACAACCUGCCUUGCCACGUGUUUGUGAGCCAAGCUGCGGUCGAGACCGACCUCCGCGUCACCGCCACAAGUGCGGGGAACCUUCCCGUCGACGCUCUGCGCAUUGUCCAGCGCGAUGCGACGCUUUGCCUCGAGUGGGCUUCGCCAAUCACCGACACGAUGACGCUCCUGAUUGAGAUAUGCGCCAGCGCCGACGCGCUUAAGUGCACCAAGUUUGUCAACAACGGACCCGGCAGCGUGUACGUGGAUCACUGGCCGCUCGGGCCUCUCGCGGCCGACCUGACGCUGAUCCAGAACGGGUCGGGCCGCGUCUGUGUGCGCACCGCGCACGCAUCGGUCGCCACCUUGCGCGCCCAAACAAACGGUAGUGGCCGCGUGCAGCUGGAAGCGGCAUCACUCGUCGUCGAGACAAUCGAGUGUGCGACGCGCGGCAGCGGCGUGACGCAGCUGAGCGUCGGCGCCGUCACGGCCACGUCGGUCGACUGCAGCGUCGCAGGCUCGGGCAGCAUCCACAUUGCGUCGCCCAAGGCAUUCACGGCCGCCUCGAUCCAGUGCGCCGUCUCGGGCUCCGGGAACCUCUCAUUUGCCGGCCAUGGGACCUGCCAGCGCGUGGCGAUCCAAGUGGCCGGCUCGGGGCGCGUACGCACGGACGCCGUGGCCGCCCACGAAGCGCAUAUUGAGAUUGCGGGCAGCGGCGCGGUCGUGGUGCGCGCGAUGGACGAGCUCGAGGCUAAAGUCGUUGGCUCGGGCGUCGUGCGCUGUGUCGCGCCGGUUCCGCCCAUGGUGAGCGGCAGCUUCACGACGCUCGAGACGGCGCCGUCCGUGCCCGACCACAGCUGCAGCAUGUUCCCAGCACGCGAGCCCACGCAAUGCAGCGGCUGCGGCAACAGCUGCCGCCUCAUGUAGCCACUUCUUUGCAUCGCGCGUGUUAAUCUAUACCUCUUGUAUUCUCAAAAGUCGAA